AAUUUUGUCUCAACUGAACUAAAACUUGUAAAACUUUCAAGAUGAAACUCUUUUUUAUUGUUUCUCUUUUUGUUUAUUCCAUUAAUGCUGACGAGUAUAUUUCCAGUGAUUUGGAACCAUUAACUGAUGAAAUUAUUAACGCGAUUAAUGCUCUGAACACGAUAUGGAAGGCAGGUAAAAAUUUUGAUGGGUCUAAUAAAAUUGAAAUGGACAAGUUGAUUGUCACUCAUGAAGAAACAUUUAAUCAACAUUUUACCAAUAAAACAUAUUCUACAAAGUUACGAGAACAUACACCGGAAACCUUCGAUGCUCGGGUAGUUUGGCCUAACUGCACUUCGAUUGGUAAGGUUUAUGACCAAAAGAAAGGUUAUCCUUCAUGGAUUUAUGCUGCUGUUGGUUCAAUUGCUGAUCGUCUUUGCAUCCAAACUGGAGCUGAAAUUGACGUUGAAGCUACUGUAGAGCAAAUCAUCAGAUCAAACGGUGGUUUCAACAGUAAAUAUAACAGUGCAAACAUUGGUCAAGCUUUUAAUUAUUGGUCUAAAAAAGGAAUUUUUACUGUAAAAUCAUCCAAAGAUUCAAGUUGCUUACCUCUUUCCUCAAAAUGUAACCAAAAUGACUUCAAAUUAGAUAAGUAUUAUAAAGUUACUGUUGAGUCACCAGAUAUAUGGCUUGACAAGAUGAGAGACAUAAUGGUCAAUGGUCCUUUGCCUGCUUACAUGGAAGUUUAUUCAGAUUUUCCCAGCUACAAAUCAGGUGUCUACCAAAGUGUUUCUCACAGAUUCUUAGGAAUGCAUAAUGUUAAACUGAUUGGUUGGGGAGUUGAAAACGGUGUUCAUUAUUGGUUAGUAACUAACUCAUGGGGCACUGAAUGGGGUAAUGAAGGUUUCGCCAGAAUUCGUAUACAACGGGCUACUUUCGGUGUACAAUCAUCUAUGCCUUCCGUUACAUUCGAGUUGGUAAAGACUCCUUCAGCCAUUCCUAAAUUAUACCAACAAGAUCAACUUUUUUGCUUGGCUUAAAUGUUUAUGUUACAUGAUAUAACGUCUUACUCGAAUUUUAUCAAUGAGAAUUUCAUUAUAAAGGGAAAAACUUUAAGAAGUUCUGUAAGAUUUCGAAAAAAUCAUUCUGAAUACUUUUUUAAAAUAAAAUUUUUAAUUUGCAUUUUAUCUUUUAA